GGUCACUCCUUGCUUGGCCCCGCCCCCCUGGCUCAGUGACUGUGACUAGAAGGAAUUUUUUUUUCUGCUGGCAACAGUAUUUGAAGAGUAGGUGCUGACUGGAAGUAACAGAGGAGGCCACAGAGUUGAGAAGGUGUAAUGUCAGAAGACUCUCAGGGUAUUGUCCUUCCUCAUACUGCUCAUCUGUGGUCCGAUAAUCCUUAUUUAUCGUGACAGGAGUUUCUAGAGCCCCAUGUUUCUUUGAUCAAGUCCCAAGGAGAUAAGUUUUCAUUUUCUCCAAGGCAAAACGUUGUAACCAGUGGUAUUUAUGACCAUGGAGACAAUGGAGACCCAGGACAGACCCUCCCCCUCUGGCAAUGGGGGGACUUCAGGGGACAACAAUCAUUUGUUGAUAGAAGCCGUUAAAAAAGAUGACAUGGAGCAGGUCAAGCAAUUGCUGGAAGGAGGGGCUGAUGUCAAUUUCCAGGAAGAGGAAGGGGGCUGGUCUCCUCUGCAUAAUGCAGUACAAAUGAACAACGAGGACAUGGUGGAUCUUCUGCUUCGCUCCGGUGCUAACCCUGGUCUGAGGAAGAGGAAUGGGGCUACUCCCUUCAUUGUCGCUGGGAUUGUGGGAAAUGUGAGGCUGCUCGAACUUUUCCUUUCAAAAGGUGCAGAUAUCAACGAGUGGGAUUUUCAUGGCUUCACAGCUUUCAUGGAAGCCGCUGUGUAUGGCAAGGUCGAAGCCUUAAGAUUCCUGUAUGAGAAGGGAGCAGAAGUAAAUUUGGGUCGAAAGACAAUGGAGGACCAAGAGAGGCUUAAGAAAGGGGGGGCCACAGCUCUCAUGGAUGCUGCUAAGAAUGGACGGGAAGAUGCCGUGAGGAUCCUUCUCGAAGAGAUGGGGGCAGAUGCCAAAGCUCGUGACAACAUGGGCAGGAAUGCUUUAAUUCACGCUCUUGUGAACACUGAUGACAGUAACAUGGAGGCCAUCAUCCGACUUCUGUUGCACCAUGGGGCCGAUGUCAAUGUGAGGGGAGAAAAAGGGAAGACGCCCCUGAUCCUGGCAGUGGAAAAGAAGCACUUGACUUUGGUACGGAUGUUUCUGGAACAAAAACAUAUAGAGAUUGACGACACAGACAGUGAGGGCAAAACAGCACUGCUGUGGGCUGUCGAACUCAAUCUGGAGGCUAUUGCCAAGUUGCUGUGCGACAAAGGAGCCAGCACGGAUUGUGGGAACCUCAUUAGCUUAGCGAGGCGCAAUUACAACAGUUCCCUUGUAAAGCUUCUUCUCCAGCAUGGAGCCAGAGAAGAUUAUCACCCUCCUGCCAAAGACUGGGAGCCUCAGAGCUCACGCUGGGGGCAGGCCCUGAAACAUCUCCACAGGAUAUACCGCCCUAUGAUCGGCAGACUCAAGAUCUUCAGGGAUGAAGAAUAUAAAAUCGCUGACAGUUCAGAAGGAGGCAUCUACCUGGGGUUCUAUGACGAGCAAGAGGUAGCUGUGAAGCGAUUCUCUGAAGACAGCAGUCGUGGACAACAGGAACUCUCCUGUCUGCAGAGCAUCCGCGGGAACAGUAACUUGGUGACAUUCUACGGGCAUGAGAUCCACAAGGGCUGUCUGUAUGUGUGCACCUCCCUCUGCGAGCAGACACUGGAGAUGCAUUUGGCCGAAAACGAGGCUGUGGAAAACGAGGAAGAUGAGUUUAGCCGAAACGUCCUCUCCUCUAUAUUUAAGGCCGUGGAGUGUAUCCUGUCAUGUGGAUACACUCACCAGGAUCUACAGCCACAAAACAUCUUAAUAGAUUUCAAGAAUGCUGUUCGUGUGGCAGAUUUUGAUAAAAGCAUUAAGAGGGCUGAAGAGCCAGAGCAAGUCAUGACCGAUCUAGAGGCCCUUGGAAGGCUGGUCCUAUAUGUGGUAAGGAAGGGAGACAUUCCUUUUGAGACCCUGAAGACUCAAAGCAAUGAAGACGUGAUUACAUUGUCUCCAAGUGAAGAAAUUCAGCACCUCAUUGAGCAGCUGUUCUCUCCUGGGGAAAAUGUAGAGAACCUUCUGAGUGACCUGCAGGGUCAUCCUUUCUUCUGGAGUUGGGAGAGACGCUAUAGAACCCUUAGGGAUGUGGGAAAUGAAUCCGACAUCAAAAAGAAAACACAAGUUAUUAAUACCAGAAAUGAAAGAGGGGACAUCAAUAUAGAUCCCAUGGACAUUAAAAGGAUAUUAAAGGAAUACUAGGGACAGCUCUAUGCCACAAAUUUGAUAACCCAGAUGAAAUGGACCAAUUUCUUGAAAGACACAAUUUUCCAGUAUUCACAUAAGAGAAAACAGACUAUCUAAAUAGGCCUAUAUCUGCUAAAGAAAUUCAAUCGACAAGUAACAACUCUACAAAGCAGAAAUCAUCAGGCCCUGGUGAGUUCAACAAAACAUUUAAGGAAUGUGGUUUUCUUUCCUUACAAUGUCUUUGUCUGGGUUUGGUGUUUGGGUAAUGCUGGCCACAUAGAAUGAGUUAAGAACAUGACCUCUGCUUUUCUGUCCUCUGAAAGAGAUUGUAUGUGGGUAGAAUUAACAGGGAACCCAUCUGGGCCUGGUGAGCUCUGUUUCUGAAGGUCAUUAAUUAUGGGAAAACCAGAAAGAGAAGAAAGGAACCAAAAGAAAUAUUUGAACCAAUAAUGACUGAGAAUUUCCCCAAAUUAAUGCUAGACACAAAACCACAGAUCCAGGAAGCUUAGAGAACACCAAGAAGAAUAACCGCCACAUCAUACUCACUCACACUGUGGAACAUCAAAGAUAAAGAAAAAAAUCUUGAAAGAAGCCAGAGGGAUGAAAUGCCUCAUCUAUAGAGGAGUGCAGACAAGAAUUACAUUGAACUUCUCAGAAACCAUGCAAGCAAGAACCAAGAGACUUGACCUCUCUACACCUCCAUUAGCUCGCCUGUAAAACACGUCUUGCAAUUCCUCUCUUCCGUCGCAUACUAAGAGCUCAAUGGGGGUCGCAAACAUUUGAAAGCAUCUGUUAGGGGUCAGGGAGUACAUGUAAUGGCACAAGGAGGGAAUCUUUUUAUCUCCUACUAAUCUUAAAUAUAUAACUCCUCCUACAUACACAGCAGGAAUUAAAUAGACUUGUGGAUAUCCUGGCCACUCAACCCCCAUGAAUCAUGUAUCUUGUGGGAGGAAAUGCAUUCAGAAUUUCCCCAGGAAUUAACUGUUCAACUGCACCCCUACUGGUCUAGCACUUUCUUCACGCUCUGGGGAGUUUAGGGAAGAGGUGGGAAGAAGGGCAGCCACUAAUGUCCCUGCCCCCAACUCUGGUCCCAGGCCAUGCACGUGGCCUAUGUUAUCUCGUUAGUCUCCAAACAACCCUGUGCGGUAGAUCUUGUCAUCUCCACUUCACACACAAGGGUGUUUGGACUCGGGGAGAUUAUGUCAUUUGAGGAUGAUCCUACAAAGUUACUAAGGAUUAAAGAUGGGAUUGCACACCCAUCUGCCACGUGGGAAACUUAGCUCUGAAGGAAAGGCAGCAGGGCGUCCUGGCCUGGACUCUGUGGGUCAGGAGAGGGCCCCUGUGUCAAUGUCUCUGAAUGAGAACAAAGGGCCCUUAGUCCUGAUCCAGGAUGGGAAGCAAAUGUCUCGGCUAAUCUCUUCAAUUGAAAAUGAUGUGUGGAUCCCUCUGGGGAGCAACGUGUUGUUGCUUGUGCCCUUCUCUUAAAGAAGAGGUCAGGAGGCCCCCCGAUUGUGAAUGUGAACACGCUUUAUUCUGAUUCAUGACCUGCAGCCCCGGUUGAGGUGUUGGGGGUGGGGACCGGCACCCCGAGGUGCUGCACGUGAGCUGCCCCCCCGCCUCUGGGGUGACACCUGGAUCAGUUUGGAGGCACCCAAAAUGAGGGGCAGAUGUCUUUCCAUACUUCUGUAGAAAGAGGGGUGAUCUCAUGUCACUCCCUGACACAUGAAACUGAAAAGGCUCCUGAAGGUGGAAGGCAGGUCCCGCUCAGUCUCUCUUUUGUUUUCCUCUGCCUCUUUCUGUCACUCUUUGGUAUGAAUGGGUCGUACGAGCUUCCUGAAAAACCAGAAAGUUCUUCAAGCAUCCAGAAUGACUGGAACAAGGAAAAAAAAAAUUUGCAUGAGGACAUGUAGGUAUUUCUUCUUCCUUGGGCUGGUCACAAGUGUCCCUGAUUGCUGAUUUGACUGUCUGGCACCCAGCACUAUCUAAUGACUAUGAAGCCAGCAUAACUGACGGUAAGGUCAGUGCAGAUAUAGAGUGCAAAUUCUGUUUUCUCCACUACCUCCCAGCACCUCGCGCAGUUUGCUUACUCAUGCCUUCGCUGUGUAUUCAUGGGGCAACUCUCGUCUGCAUGUCACUGAGGUCAGUGUUGGGGGCACCUACAGAG